CCAGCAGCGCCCUUGGUCAGUCAGAAUGGGUCCUCCUGGACAGAGAAACGGUCCUCAGCCAAAAGACCCCGGCCUUAUCCCGAAGUGGACAACAUGGCCUCUGAGGCCAAAGAGCUGGUUCGCGCAGUUCUGUCCAGGAGGCCCGAUGGGGAUCGGGUUGUAGAGGAGUACCAGGCCAAGGGAACGUUGACUGACCCCACCAGGAGACACCUGAUCAACAUGCUUGUGGCCCACAUGACUGAGACACAGGGGAGAAUUCCGCCCAAAAAUGUGCGAGAACUCUAUGCUUUGGGGAUAAUCACGCUCUUCCCCUCCCUGAAGGACCCCUUCUCGAAGAAAGGCUAUGAGCACUUCUACGAUGGCAAAAACGGGACGGGGUACCUGGCCUGGCGCCUGAAGACGGUGCAGCGCAAGACCUUCCACAGGAGCGGCGGGGAGCAGAAGGCGGCAGUGAGCAGGGGCCCGAACUUCGAGAGGCAGACCCACUCCGGGGAGCAGCUGCAGGAGGACCUGUGCGAGGCAGCCAUCUUGUAUCUGGCCCAGUGCACUGACCAGGAGCAGGUGUUCCUGAAGAUGAGGGAGACCUUUCAGUACCGGCAGCAGCUCGUCCACGACCCGCAGAAGGCCGGCACUGUCCUCUCCACCUUCCCCAGGUUGCUGGACACCAAGGGGCUGGUGAAUCAGGACUUCACGCUACUGUUUGGACUGGAGACCUCCUGUAAACUGCUGGAGAACUGGGACAGCAGCUUCAAGGCCAAGGUCAUUAAAGAGGCCAAGUCCCUCACGCAGUCAGCGGACCUGUGCAACCUGCUGAGGUGUGCUGAGCGCGAGCCCAGCAGUGACCAGGAUUUACCCGAAGUGCUGGGUACGUUUAUGCCCCGUGACAACCACAUGGUUUUUAACAGGCGCUUUGAGAGAAGUAUCUAUGGUUUUAUAAGUAAUAUAAUUGGAGCUAAUAGUUAGUUCUAAGAUGUGUCUCUCUCAGCAGGUUGGGAUAGUGAUAUGGCCUCCAUUCUGCUGUUGGUUCAUCUUUUGCCUCCACCUCCCGGAGGCAGGAAAUGUGCCAAGAUCAGUGCUCGUGAAGCGGUCGACCGUGUUGUGCAGUUUCAGAGGGUGGUAUGGAACAGAGCUUGCCACUGACAUUGAGAUUUGUAGUCGCAAUGAGAAUAUUGUGCAGUAGCAUUAGCCUACAUUUGCCAGGC